ACUGAGGGGAAUAGAAGAUAUAAUUACAUUUAGGAUCAAAGUGAACGUCUUGAUAAUGGCAAGUUCAAAUGUCAAAACAUUUGUUUCUGAGAAGGAGCUGUCUGAGCAGCGGCAACGUCGACAAGAAGAGUGGGAUAAAGUUCGUACUGCAGACCAACCAGAAGAAUGUCCAGAAGAGGAGUAUGACCCUCGCUCACUUUUUGAAAAACUCCAAGAGCAGAAAGACAAGAAGCAGUCAGAAUAUGAAGAGCAGUUCAAAUUUAAAAACAUGAUAAGGGGAGUUGAUGACGAGGAGUCCAAAUUCUUGAAUGAAGUUGCUGAAAGACAAAUGAAGGUUCAGGCUCAGAGAAUGUCAGAAGAGAAGCAAAUCAUCAAUGAAUACAAGGAAUUAGUCGUGAACAGUACAGUACCAGUGACAAGCAGAGAGGCGUCCCAGUCAGGUGAAAGGAAAGUACAGACAGGAAACAAGAGAAGUCAAGCAAGUCUCUUAGCUGGUGCAGUCAAGAGAAAGAGGCCACCUUCUACAGAUGAGUCCAAAUCCCCUGAAGGCUCUGCAGCCACAAGCUCAAAGAAUAAUGGAUCCUCUAAAGCAACAGGAACUUCUUCAUCUGACGACAGCUCUAAUGAUCAAAGUUCAAAGGACAGUACUGGUGAAGUUCAAGGAGUCCAGUGUAUUGCAGUUCUUCCAGGGAUUGGGUCAUAUUCAAACAGCAGCGAAGAUUCCGACUCGGACAGUAGUGAUUCAGAAGGAGUCGAACUGAUGAAGACAGUGUUCCAUAAAGGCACAUCCAGACACAAAUGUGAUUCAAAAUGAUUAUGUGUUUCUACAGGAAACAUUUGUAAUUCAGACUUGAGCUCCUGUUGAAAAGGCAUCUUGAACAUCAUUCAUGCUUAAAUACAGAGCACCGAACAAUUUUUUUUCUGAAUCAGAUGCUAGCAGGCUUGAGAUAUAAAUAAGGGGUUGAAAAUAAGUUCUGGUGAGUAGAAAUAUUUUAUCAGAAGUUUGAAUUUUCACACCCCAAAAAAUGUAGGUGGUUCGUGAAACCUUCCUGUAUUUAUGCUCUCCACCUAGUCUGCUGUGCAAACCCUUUCCCCGAGUAAACUGGUCUGAAUAAUCAACCUACAAUGACUUGUAUACUGUAGGCCCUAAACAGCAAUUUUGAUAUGUGCUAGUCUUGUGUGAAGACCCACUUUGUUAAGGUUUCAAUCAGGGUCUGAGCCUGCAGACCACAGUGGGCCAGAAUAGAUCCAAAGUGCACCCAAAACUAUUUUUUACACGUGUACGGUCAAAUUUGGUAUGCAGGAGCGAUCUCUUUUCAGUCAGCAGGUCCUCAAAAAGUAGCUUUAUUCCAGGGAUAUUCAAUACUAGAGAGGUUUCACAUAUUUAAUUAGCUUGGCUCAGACCAAAACAUCUCUUUUAGUUCCGUUAUUGCUGCUCUAAAUGUAAAAUUUCAUAAUUUUGAUAUUGUAAAGAGGAAGAAAUUUUUUUUCAGGUUAUGCUAGCGA